AUGGCUCUGCUCACCCUCGUCGAGGACCGGCCAACCCCAAAGGCCGUCUACAACCGGCGCGUCUAUCUCUGCGCCACCGCUGCUUCCUUUGCCUCGUGCAUGAUCGGCUACGACUCGGCCUUUAUCGGCACCACGAUGGCCCUCCCCUCCUUCGCCCGCGAGUUCGCCUUUGCCGACCGCUCGCCGCAGGACCUCGCUCUGCUCAAGCAGACCAUCGUCUCCGUCUACCAAGCCGGCGCCCUGCUCGGCAGUCUCGUCGCCUACGCGCUGGGCCACUUUAUCGGCCGCCGGCGGGCGCUGCUGCUCUUUGCCACCGUCUUCCUGGCCGGUGCCGGCAUGAUGCUCGGGGCAACGCGAGAGCGCGGCGGCACCGGGUUGAUUGUCGGUGGCCGCGUGCUAGCCGGCUUCGCUGUCGGCGGCUGCUCCAACAUCACGCCCAUUUACAUCUCGGAGCUGGCACCUCCCGCGGUUCGCGGCCGCCUCGUCGGUAUCUACGAGCUUGGGUGGCAGGUGGGCGGCCUGGCCGGCUUCUGGAUCAACUACGGCGUUGACGCAACCAUUUCCCCGGGCAGGAAGCAGUGGCGGAUUCCGUUUGCCGUCCAGCUCAUCCCCGGCGGAUUGCUUCUCAUCGGCGCCCUGUUCAUACCCGAGUCCCCACGCUGGCUCUUCUCAAUUGGCAGGCGUCGGCAGGCCACCGAGAUCCUAUGCUGGGUCAGGGGCCUCGACAGGGAUGACGCAUACGUAGUACACGAGAUCGGCCAGAUCGACGCCGGUCUGCAUCGUCAUCAAAGAGGCUUCUGGAAGCCCUUUUUGUCGCUCAAGAAGCGCAGGACGCAGUGGCGCUUCCUACUCGGGGUGCUCCUCUUCGUCUUCCAGAACGGCUCGGGGAUCAAUGCCAUAAACUACUACAGUCCCACCGUGUUUCGCAACGUCGGGAUCCGGGGCACGUCGGCCAGUUUCCUGACGACAGGCAUCUUUGGGGUCGUCAAGACAGUCUUGACAAUUGUCUGGCUCCUCGUCAUGGUCGACCACGUCGGCCGGCGCAAGCUCCUGAUGAUCGGCGCCGUCGGCGGCUCCCUCUGCAUGUGGUGCAUCGGCGCGCUCAUCAAGAUCUCGGACGCCGGCCCCGCCCCGGCAAACGCCCCGCUAUCGUCGUCCGGCAUCGCCGCCGUCUUCUUCCUUUACCUGUGGACGGCAUUCUACGUACCGACCUGGAACGGCACGCCUUGGGUCAUCAGCUCCGAGAUGUUCGACCCGGACACGCGCUCGCUCGGUCAGGCCAACGCAGCGGCCAACAACUGGCUAUGGAACUUCAUCGUCACCCGCUUCACCGAGCAAAUGUUCCUUGCUUGGCGCUACGGCGUCUUCUUCCUCUUUGCCUCCCUCAUGGCCGUUUCCUUUUUCUUUGUAUUCUUCUGCGUCCCGGAGACCAAGUCAAUCCCCCUCGAGUGUGCUGACCGCCUGUUCGAGACGAAGCCAACUUGGCGAGCAAACGUCGUACUCUUGGAAGAGCUACGCCAAGAGGACGCCGAGGCCACUGGAGGAGCAGGUGCAAGGGAGCUACACAACAUGGAAAGACUGGCAGAAGGAGACAAGUGGGUAACGCAAGGGAAACAGCAAUCAGGCUGA